GGCGCUAAAGGCGACAAAGGUUUCCGUGGACGUAAGGGCCAGCUUGGUGAGCCAGGCCGGCUAGAAGUAGAAGACACUACGGACCAAUAUGUUCCUCCGGGCCCACAAGGCUCAAUUGGUCGCCCCGGACAGACGGGAAUGCCGGGACAGAAGGGAAUGGAAGGCCCACCGGGUGAACGUGGUGAAGAAGGACCCAUGGUAA